AUGAGACUGCUAAAGACGAGCGACCUCCAGUUUGAGGAACACCAUGGCAGUGAAAUACCAGAGUAUGCAAUCUUGUCCCACCGCUGGCGUGAGCCCGAGCUUUCAUACCAGGAUAUGUGUCGCAUUAUCGAACACGGCAUUGUUCCACACGAGCCCAGGACAUCAAGCUACCACAAGAUAAUGAACUGUCGUGCUCAGGCGCGGAGAAGUGGCCAUGGAUACAUAUGGGCCGAUACCUGUUGCAUUGACAAGACCAGCAGUGCCGAGUACCAAGAGGCCAUCAACUCAAUGGGGCAAUGGUACGCAGAAUCGGCAAUUUGCUCCGCCUAUCUCGACGACGUCGACCUUUCCAAACUUCCCGAAGCUCCUCCUCGCAAAUUCCGGCACGAGGUCUACAAAAUUUUGCAGCGUUCUGAGUGGUUCACGCGAGGCUGGACACUCCAAGAAUGCGCUCUGUGGUUGGUACCAGAUGUAUACCAAAAUUGGGCUUGCCUUAGUUCAGGGUUACUGCGCUGGGUCAAAACCCAAAAUCUUAAUAGGGCGCCCCCAUAUAACGUAAUCCACGGGUGA